AUUCACGCUCGGUUCUAUGGUUUGUUCUUAAAACAAAAACAACUCAUGGGGCAAAAUACUGGUUCUCUGUGCAGGUUCUAUACAUAGUAAUAAUAGGUCAAUGGGUUUUACCCGAUUACCGGGGAAAUGUUAAGGUAUCUUGAUUUUAGCAGUUAAUAUAUGAUUCGGAUAUGUUUCGACUCUUCCGAAUCAUAAUGCGUUAUUGACUCGUUCCGUUUUAACUCGGGCAUUUUGCUUUCGUAUGUCUGGAUGUUCUCUACAGGUCGCAAUUCUUAACCGAUUCUCGUGAAGUUUUGGAAUUGGAUUCUAUGAGUAAAUAGUUUUUUUGUCGAUCCAAUUUUUGGAAAGUUUUCAUACUGCGGAAAUUAGUUUAAAGGACUUAAGCGCCAAUAGCAUCUAUGGCGCAUAAGACCAUUGUGAGUUCACUGUGAUAACGACUCAACGAACAGUCUAUUUCACUUUAAAUAACAUUUUCUAAGCUUAAUGCAAGGUACAGCUCACAGAGCCACUAGCAUAUUUUUUGCAUAUUUUAAAAGUGUGUCUUAACAUGAUCUCUCUUCAUUUUACUAAACAUUUGCAUUGCUAACAUAUUUGUAUUUUCGACAAUAUUUAUUAAUACUUUUUCCUCCUUCCUUUUCCAUUUUCUAUCCAAUACAUUACUUACUCCUUUUUCACGUUACCUACAUUUCCAAAAUUCAUAUAAUAUUAUUAUUAGACAAUUCCUUUCGCAUUCUGUUUAUAUUUAGAUAGUCCUUUUACCAUCCUGAAUAAUAUUUCAUAACAUAACCAUUAAACGUGUGUACCUGCCAUGAUAAAAAAACAUUAUUUCUUAUUUUUUGAUAUACGUAGGUAGCGCCGGUCUACUUAUUAAUAUGGUGAACUUUGAAAUUGCUAGGAGUGCUCUUUGACUGUAUAAACUGUGGGACCCGUUCAAGAACAAAUUAUAAAUUGGAUGUCUCUGAAUUUUAUUGAGCGCAGAUUACUAUUGAUAUUCCAUUUAUGGCGUUAAACGUCGCCAAUUAGCGGCACGACACUCGGCAAGCAGACGACACAAAGCUCCCGUUACGGGCGUUAUCCGUAUGAAAGCACACAAGUUGCUGUUAUGUUGAGGGCCACUAUGUACAGUAUUCAGGCAAAGAUUGUCUUGUCAAGAGCCCGAGAGCUCAGUGCAACGCGCCCCGCGGUACAGGACGGACGCCCCAUGCCGCGUCGAUGCCGCCCACGCUCCUCUGACGUAUCCGAUACUCGAACAAAAAGUUUCCAAACUCAAAUACUUUCUUCCGAAUGAACAACUUUGAUAUGAUACGUUGAUGUUGGACGUUGAGGACAAAAAAUAGUGAACGUUAAUGGAUAUUAGAUAGUGUCGGAUACGGUUUUGAAAGAUUUUUGAUGAAAUGUGAAUGCCUAAAGUAAAUAUUUAGCUUUCUACGUCAGCUGUGCGAGUGGUCCGUGUCGGCUGUGCGCUUUCAGCUCGAUGCGCGUCCGGAAAGGGGGGAGGGAGCAUGCUGCUGCACCUCUUGGUACUUAGCACCGCCCUCGCGGCAGCUACCACCGGGAAGCACGGAGGGGUAGAAGUGCCAGAAUUUGGAGAGCCGAUCACAAACCUAACGAUACCCAUUGGGCGUGAUGCUACUUUCAAAUGUAUCGUCGUCAACCUCGGAAACUAUAGAGUCGGCUGGGUGAAAGCAGACACGAAAGCCAUCCAAGCCAUUCAUGAGCACGUGAUCACACACAACCCCCGCGUGUCCGUGUCGCACGCGGACCACUCGACGUGGUAUCUACACAUCAAGAGCGUGCAAGAGGAAGAUCGGGGGCAAUACAUGUGUCAGAUCAACACGGAUCCUAUGAAGAGUCAAAUGGGCUUCCUAGAGGUGGUGAUACCACCAGACUUCGUGCCAGAGGAGACGUCUGGUGACACGAUGGUGCCGGAAGGUGGCACUGCCCGGGUGGCGUGCAAGGCCCGAGGAGUGCCGUUGCCGCGGGUGAUGUGGAAACGCGAGGAUGGCCAGGAAAUCGUGGUACGAGACCAUACGGGGUCUAAAACUAAAGUACUAACGUACAACGGCGAGGUACUCAAGCUUACGAAGAUAUCCCGUUCGGAAAUGGGCACAUACUUGUGCAUCGCGGGCAACGGCGUCCCGCCUACGGUCAGCAAGAGAAUUCACAUCAGCGUACACUUUCACCCAGUGAUCCAAGUGCCGAACCAGUUGGUAGGCGCCCCGCUCGGCACUGACGUCACGCUUGAGUGCUACGUGGAGUCAUCACCCAAAUCCAUCAACUACUGGGUUAAAGAUCCUGGUGAGUUGAUAAUACCCUCGGAGCACCACGAGAUGACGGUGAGGCAGAAAUCCAUGUUCGAGGCGGAGAUGACGAUGACUAUCAAGAAUAUCCGACGCGACGACCUGGGCAGUUACAUCUGCGUUGCCAAGAACUCACUCGGCGACGUGGAAAGCAAGAUUAGAUUAUAUGAAAUACCUGGAAACGACAGGCACGUGUACCAGUACCCGGAGGAGCGGAUCGUGCCCGACGACGACUACGGAACAGAAGUGUACGAGGACGAGGAACACGAGGAGAAGAGUAACCGGGUGCCCGACCGGGCCAACAAAUGGUACGCAAACGACGGAAAGGUCGUUACGGCGGCUAACGACGCGGCCAAACCCGCAUUCGCGAUAGCGAUCUUCCUAACUGUACUCGAAACACUAGUGGUAUAAUUUUACGUUGCGUAUCUGUGCUAUUUUUAGGCCUAGUAGGGUCGCGAAUUUAAUUACUUAUCGAUGUCGAUAAGACAUUAGUCUUUUACGUACUUGUUCGUAAUUUUCUCUUGUCUUACCUACGACGAUACGCACUAAUCGCGAUCGUUAUCAUGAUUUAUUUAUCAUUAAAAAUAACCUGGUUCUAAAUUACAUAUUCAUAGCGAUUAUGAUUUUUCAAUCUUGGAAGCCCAUAUUUUCAAAAACCUGUAUGGUAAUUUACUACUUGAACGACUCUCUUCUUCCUCGCGUUGUCCCGGCAUUUUGCCACGGCUCAUGGGAGCCUGGGGUCCGCUUGACAACUAAUCCCAAGAUGUGGCGUAGGCACUAGUUUUUACGAAAGCGACUGCCAUCUGACCUUCCAACCCAGAGGAUAAACUAGGCCUUGUUGAGAUUAGUCCGGUUUCCUCACGAUGUUUUCCUUCACCGAAAAGCGACUGGUAAAUAUCAAAUGAUAUUUCGUACAUAAAUUCCGAAAAACUCAUUGGUACGAGCCGGGGUUUGAACCCGCGACCUCCGGAUUGCAAGUCGCACGCUCUUACCGCUAGGCCACCAGCGCUUCCCGCUAGGCCACCAGCGCUUCACUAUUUGAACGACUACAAACUAAUUAUUUUUAUUCAUCUAAUUAACCAUAAGAAUGCCAAAUCGAAUAAAAAUAACGAAAUAACGACGAAGUAUAUUUUUAACAAACAAAAUUGAUUUGAUAUAGUAUAAUUGAGUUUACAUUAACAGGGUAUGAUUAAUUUUAUACACCCGACAAAACUGAAAAAUCAUUCAUCAGUGACGUCAUCACCAGCCGAAAUGGAGUAAUAGUCAAUAAUUACAAUACGGAGAAAAUUCGCGCAAAUUGUGCAUCGCAGCUUUGUAAUUAAAAUAAGAUUUAAUAAAAUGUAUUUUAUUUUGGAACAUUGUAUUUACAAUAAAAGCUGCAUACCAGUGUCGUAAUUCCAUCAGCAUGUAACGUGAUAAUAACUAGUUUUAAUGUGUAUAUAAAUUAUAUUAAGGGAAUAUCUACAGUGUUGUCUAUAAUAGUUAUUCAGAUAUCUACAUAUUUGUUAAAUAAUAUAAAGGAGCGGUGUAAAUUAAGGCAGUUUAUAAAUUAAUGUAACUUGGGCCUUGUAAAUUGCAAACAUUAUCUUAAGUAGAGUUUAUAAUUUGAUUAAUAAAUAUUUUUUAUGGAACUCAUGUAAUUCAAUUGUAUAUACUUUGGGAAUGUUAAAUAUCGUAAUUGAAUCAAGAAUACUAAAUAUCUAAAUAUGUAACUGUCGGAAAUGUAAUUAAAGUAUACUUAAUUAUGUAAUCGCUGUACAGAUCCAAGACAUUGACGAUGACGGUGGGAAUCGCGACAGAAAAAUUCUUACAGAAACGGUUGCGACUAGCGAUGGGCAAAUUCUGAAUCAUUUCACAUAUUUCCUUAACGGACAUAUUUCAAUUGUUGAUAACUAUAGAAUUGACAGGAAAUGUUCCUGAUAGAAAUGUUACCGAAUAAUUUUUUCUUUUUUUUGUAAAGUCCCCGCUGCUUCUGACGGAUUGCCGGACGGAUUGUGAUCGGAAAAUGUGAGAAUUUGUGGCAGUAACCGCGUCACCAAGGGGUAACCGUAACUGGUUGUUAUACGAUGGACGGUAGUUCAAGUACACGUUAAGCUGCGCCCUUUUUUCUUUCUUUGUUUUUUGUAACAUAUAUUUUGUUUUGCUUGGUAUAUGUAUGUUAAACAUGUAUAUGGUUAUAUAUUUUCACAUUAUUUACAAUAGUAAUUAUUUUAUUUCCCAGGUGUGAAACUUUAAACCUUUGGUUUCAUGUUUAAGAAGUUUCAACACAAUCAUCAGUCAAAUAUGACAUUAACGGUAUGGAAAACUCUCGUCUGGCCAGUAAUGUUAAAAGUAUAAUAAGAUAUCUUUGUUUUCAUAGAUAUCACUAUACUCACAUUAUAUCAGAUACUUUACACCUGAAAACUACAGAAACUUGAAUAAAAUCAAGCGAAAUUUUCCAUUGGAACUUACAGAAUGAAAUUUAAGUGAAAAUUUCACUUUGGAAACUUACUGCAACUUACUGUAAGCUGCUCAUCACUAGUAGCGACACACCAUCAACUAUGGAUCUGACCUAUGGGACUUCUUCCAGCAUACGAAUUGAAAUACACUUUAAAAAUUUCAGUUAGCCUAUUUAUAUUAUAUUAAGUUUAAACUAUGUAUAAGCCCAGUCAAUUAUAAUUGGGAACUAACUGUACUUCUAUGAAUGCUAUUUACUUUGUGAAAUUACUACUAGAAACGCUAAAAUGUUGUAUUAUAAUUUUAUAUCACAGUACAAAUUGCUACUUACUCGGUGUAUUUAUCCUUGUAUGUUAUGUGCGGAAACGAAACUAGUAAGAAAGCUACAGUAACUUAUUUAGUACAAAUAUAAAAUAAAUAUUUUCAAAACCUGUUCACGAGUAAUAAUCAUUGCCUAUUAGAAAUAAUACAUACGUUUGCAUGUCCCAAGGUUAACUGUAUCAGUAAAACUUUUAGGUAUAUAAUUAUAGACUUUCAAAUGACACAUACUUGAUUUGGUAAUAUAGAAAUGCUGAAGUCAGUGUAUUGGAUUUAUACGGUAUGUUCUUUGUUUCCGCUGCUUAGCCAUGUUGCAACGUUGACAGCUUAUGUAAAUUACAAAUGUUUAUUAUUAAAUCUAUAAACGAACACAGUUAAAUCUUGCAUAGAAUUCUUUCCUGUGUCUUUAAACAAUAAUAAGUCAAAGCUGGUAGCAAUGCGUUUACUUCACUGUGGGCGCAUUGAUCUAAGUAUUAAAUAGUGUAACCAAAUAUGAUAUGUAUAAUUUGAAAUGAACAAUGUAAGUUUACAUCUUAAUCGUUGCAAACAAAUGAUUAAAUGAAAGCCGUAAGUGAAA